AAGAAGAGGUCAAAAAAAGAUUAUGACACGAGAUUACGUCGAUAAUCUUCUGAUUAGUGACAUCAGCUAAAGAGAUGGUCCUGUUUUCGGUCUUAUUUACGGAAAAUACCACUCAUGGUUUUCCUCUUUGGUUAAGCACUGUGUGUGAGUGUAGGGGCAGGAUGGUAAAUAAAUAGGAAAGGGGUGGGCAUUAAGAAUGUUGCAUGGGGAUAUUUGUUAAGAGGAGGAGAUUAAAACACGUCGACGUCGCUUAAUCUAUUCGCGAUUCGAGGGGGGUUCACGUGAAAGAUGUGGAGAUUAUUAAGCCACGCUUUUACGAAUAAACUAAUAUAUUCCCACCUUUAACAACAGUUAUUGGACUCAGCCCAUUUUGAAAACUUUAUGGGCUGCUUCGCUUAUAACUUCGAAAAACAAACACAAUUGUUGUUUUCCAUAAACCCAUUAGUUAAAGCAUUUAUUUUAGGAUGUCAAAAAAAAAAAGAAACAACAUUAGCAAUUGACCAAUUUAUCAAUGGUUAAACAUUUCAAUUAUCUUAUUUUCACAGAAGAAAGAAAAAAAUUGUUUAUAAAAAAAAAAUGGUCGGUCUAGUGAUUAGUGAAUUUAGAAUCUUAUUUCUCUACCACCAAGUCUUUAAGAUGGAAACAUUACCACUCAAAAAAUUGCAAAUUGAAUUAGUUAGUUAUUAAACGAAGUUUACUAUGAAUGGCCAUAAGAAAAGAAAAAAAGAGAAAUUUUGUCCAAAGGACGGCUAAUUUUGGGACUAAAAGUUCCCAAUAAUUGUAUCUUUUUUGUGUCUUCUUUUCGGUUUAUGGAUUCGUCUCGCGGAGCUAACCGCAAACACGAUGAGGAAGAGAGAAGAGAAGACGAGAAAACUUCUCUGAUGGAUGUAAAUCUCAUGGUGGUACUUCUCUCUCAGCUUUGUACGAAGAAGGAAGAUGAGAAGAGUUUAGAGAAAGUGAGAAGAGAUCAUGUUGCACACGAGGCUCGUGAAUCUAGAGCACGUGCAAACAAGAGGUUUAUGAAGGAGACAACAUUGAUGGAGAAAAGGACUCACGUGCUUCAGCCCAUGGCUAAAGAAUUCAGGCAUUACAGGAAAAUGUGAAGGCGCAUGACUGACCUGUGUUGCCCCAGAAGCUGAAUACAAUUCUAUUUUAUUUUUUUAUUGAUCAUUAUAUAAAUGAAAAGAAAAUGAAGAGAUUUUUUUGGCCUAUUUAAUUGUAAGCAAGUAUGAUCACUUUAAUUAAUUUGCAACCAAGAUGUUUCCAAUCUUGUAUCACUAUAGAAGAGAUGCAAAUUCAAUGUUUUAACCUAACCAGCAAAAUUUUGUAUUA